AACACCGAGGGAGCGAGGCUGCUGACAACACCCCGAAGAUGAAUGAACAAGCUGUAUCCUUCGCCAAGGACUUCCUGGCUGGUGGUAUCGCUGGUGCCGUCACUGAAACAGCCGUAGCCCCCAUCGAGAGGGUCAAACUUCUCCUCCAGGUGCAACAUGCCAGCAAACAGAUCACAGCUGACAAGCAGUACAAGGGCAUCAUCGACUGUGUGGUCCGUAUCCCUAAAGAGCAGGGCUUCCUGUCUUUCUGGAGGGGGAACCUGGCCAACGUCAUCAGAUACUUCCCCACUCAGGCCCUCAACUUCGCUUUCAAGGACAAGUACAAGCAGAUUUUCCUGGACGGCGUAGACAAGCGCACACAGUUCUGGAGAUACUUUGCUGGCAACCUGGCAUCCGGCGGUGCAGCGGGAGCCACGUCGCUCUGUUUCGUCUACCCUCUUGACUUUGCCAGAACACGCCUUGCUGCCGACGUGGGCAAAGCAGGAAUGGAGCGUGAGUUCACUGGGCUGGGAGACUGCUUGGUGAAGAUCUUCAGGUCUGAUGGCCUCAAGGGUCUGUACCAGGGCUUCAACGUUUCAGUGCAAGGCAUUAUCAUCUACAGGGCUGCUUACUUUGGCAUCUACGACACAGCAAAGGGCAUGCUUCCAGAUCCCAAGAACACACACAUUGUCGUCAGCUGGAUGAUCGCACAGACUGUGUGUGCUGUCGCCGGUUAUAUAUCCUACCCCUUUGACACUGUCCGUCGUAGUAUGAUGAUGCAGUCUGGACGCAAAGGGGCUGAUAUCAUGUACUCCGGCAGCCUCGACUGCUGGAGGAAGCUCGCACAUGAUGAAGGAGUCAAGAUCUUCUUUAAAGGAGCGUGGUCCAACGUGCUCAGAGGCAUGGGGGGUGCCUUUGUGCUCGUCUUGUAUGAUGAGCUGAAGAAAGUGAUCUAAGUUUUGUCUGUUCGUGGUCCGUGUUGUGAAGUUUGACUCUAACGUGUCUUGCAGUGUGUCCAUGCAUCCUUAAAAAGUCUUAAAUUCAUGUUUUUAAAAAUCAAGGCCUUAAAAUAUUUUAAAUAUAUCUAAAAAAUGUAAGUUUGUCCCUAAUAUGUUAUUCAAAGGUCUUAAAAUUUUUGAGAAGGUGUACUCUGCAGACCUUAAGUGGGACGUUCUUGGUGUGAGGGAGAAGAGACAUUAUUGAUCAGCUUGACUUAUGUGGUAGGAGUUUGUUAGACGCAAUUGGUCGGACUGACUUGUGUGGGAGAAGUUUGUUAAAGACGUGAUUUGUCAGAUUGGCUUUUGAGGAGUUUAAGACGGGAUUGGUCAGAUUGACUUUUGUGGGAGGAGUUUGUUAAAGACAUGAUGGUCGGAUUGACUUUUGUGGGAGAAGUUAAAAUGUGAUUGGUCGGACUGGCUUUUGUUUAAGGAGUUUAAGACGUGAUUGGUCAGAUUGACUUAUGUGGUAGGAGUUUGUUAAGGACGUGAUUGGUCAGAUUGACUUAUGUGGUAGGAGUUUGUUAAGGACGUGAUGGUCGGAUUGACCUUUGUGGGAGAAGUUUGUUAAAGAGGUAAUUGGUCGGACUGACCUUUGUGGGAGAAGUUAAAGACGUGAUUGUUUGGAUUGACUUUUGUGGAAGGAGUUUGUUAAAGACGUGAUUGGUCGGAUUGGCUUUUGAGGAGUUUAAGACGUGAUUGGUCAGAUUGACUUUUGUGGGAGGAGUUUGUUAAAGACGUGAUUGGUUGGACUAAAUUUUGUGGGAGAAGUUUGUUAAAGACGUAAUUGGUCGUACUGACCCUUGUGGGAGAAGUUGACGUGAUUGUUCGGAUUGGCUAUUGUUAAAGGAAGAGGUGAUGGUCGGAUUGACUUUUGUGGGAGGAGUUUGUUAAAUACGGGAUUGGUCGGAGUUUGUUAAAGACGGGAUUGGUCGGAUUGGUUUGUGGGAGGAACUUGUUAAAGAUGGGAUUGGCCAAAUUACUUUUGUGGAAGAAGUUUGUUAAAGACGUGAAUGGUCAGAUUUACUUUUGUGGGAGGAGUUUGUUAAAGAAGUGUUUGGUUGGACUGACUUGGGUAGGGUUUGAAGAAGCCAUAGUGAUUAGGUUGGAUGAACACUGGGCAGCUGGGGUGACAUCUAACUCAGGUUAAACGGACAGAAAGCACUUAUAACUUUACAUUUAAACAUUGAUUUUAGUCAUAACUCGAAAUGAGGUUGCUAGCUGCAGGAAAUUUGAACACCGUACAUGCUGAUGGAUGGACGUGUAACAAUUCUGGGUUAAAACAACCCUAACCCACCUGGAUAAAGAUUGCUAUUUUUCAUGCAUGUCAACCCCUACUGAUGUUUACUGUAUAAUGAGUCUCAAAAAUCCGUAAUAAUCAUACUCACAUGGGGCAGGCGCACUGUCGGAAGCAGAGAUGACAGCAUCUGCAAUGCAAAGCAGUAGGAAAUGAGGAAGGGAGAACUUAUUUCUGGUGGAAACUGAAGCACAAAUAUGAAACAGAAGUUUUGAAAAAAUCCAUAAAAAUCUGUGAGGUUGCUCUAUUCGUCUGUGUACCGGCAAAAUGACGAAAAAUACGUGUAAAUUAUGGACAAUCUGUACAACUUGACAUGUACGAUUUUUGAAUAUGAAUAAUAUUAGUUAUAAUGUACGACAUGAAGUGCUAGCCGCACUAAAAUUGAAGUCAAUUAUGUUUACGUUUUUACAUGUUUUACUAUUACCAUUACUUCAACUUGACCCACAAGACAAGUCAAUCCAACCAAUCGCAGUUUUGACAAAUUCCACCCACAUUCAAGAACCUCUGUCGGUAUUCCACACUCCGCCAAUCAUGGUUAAGGCAAACCUUGUCCACACAAUCAAGAAACUCUGCAAUUUUUCACAAACUCCGCCCACACCGAAGACCUCCACCAAUCACAGGACAAACUCCGCCCAUACAGCCAAGGGAACCCCCCCCCCCCACAAUGUACUGAAGAGUCUCCUACUUGAAAUUUCUCAGGGCAUGAUUUUUUGAGUUCAUAUUUGUAUUUUCUUUUUCUCAUGGGACAUUUUUGCCAGGCAAAAGUUUUACACUGAGUCUGUCUCUCUGUCUAUCUCUCUUUCUGUACACAUUUUUCUCCACUGCUGUUUAAUCUUCUUCUCAGGGAUCAUUAAAGUCUUCAAAAUGA